AUGUUCCUAAUCCUUCCUCUGGCUAUUCUUAUCCUUGAAGUCGCUUUGGCUCUCGCUCUUUCCAAUCCACAUCGGAAGGAACCCAGCAGCAACCUUCGUGCUCGGGACUUCAACGUCCACCUCUUGGCGGGACCCGCCGACCAGGACAUUAUCAAUAGUUGCCCUGGCGCUCCCGGGUCCCCCCAUCUUCGACGUGCAGAUUACUGCACUCUCGUCAAUCGUAUCGAUAACCCUAACAGUCAUACAUUCACCAUCCUCGGCAAUCCGCAGCUCAACUGUGGCGAUGGUACGAGCUCUAUCACCAUGACAGUGGGCGGAGAGGCCGUCGUCGAGCAGACUACCACUAUAAACGCGAACGCGCAAUCGGCCGGGUCUAACGCGAGCACUGCUUUCAGCUUCCCACAAAACAUAUCGUUGUCAGGGGGCCUCGCGGAGGGCAGCGUGUUGAAGAUCGCAGUGAAGAACUCGACCAAGUACUUGCUUCCGCCCGGAAAGCAGGCAGUGCUUGUUGCUGUAACUGCGCAGCGGUCGCAGACCGGCAAUAUCGAGGCGGCGUUCCGUAAUCCGUGGAUCACCAACAUGGUCUCCUUCUACCCGACAAAGGCAAACAUGACGCAGCUUACGCCCAUCGCCAAUAGCGUCGAAUUCGAUGUGUAUGAGAGCGCAUGCGGCACGGACCCUCGCGAUCUAUCCGGGUUCAACCCGACCUGA